AUGGCUUCACCAAAAUGUAUCACCAUUGGGUGGUUGUUUUUAGUAAGUCUAAGCCUUUGCUCUGCUAACAGGCACCUCCUAGAAGUCAAGGAGGACAAGAAGGCCAAAGACAUAAAAUCCCCUUCCUCUUCUGGGCAUGUAACAACCAUGGGAUGUCUUGAUUGCAGCGAGCCUGAGCCAGUUCCGCCCCCUUGUUCCCCGCCUACAGACAUCCAGCCACCUAAUUUUCCACCACCUUGCAUACCGGGCAUUUCUUGCCCACCUGGUGGUGAUCUGAUUAUGCCACCUUUUUUUCCACCACCUGAUCAAUUUGCACCUCCACCAGAGCCGCCUACGUGUGGUUCCUGCCCAUGUGGUGCCCCUGUGACUCAACCUCCACCUUAUUCGCCGCCUAUAUACUUCUUUCCACCACCUGCACCUCCACUAGAGCCGCCUCCGUGUGGUGGUUCCUGUCUAGGUAUGCCUGUUCCUCCUGCGCCUGAGCCUGAUUGUGGCUGCCCAAUUCCUAGCCCUCCUCCUCCACUGACCUGUGAUCCUCGUCUUGGAGGCUGUAUUGAGUCCAUGGAUGCCACUGCAAAAGAGGCGACAGGCGCCCACGAAGACCAUAAAGACACCAUGGAACAUGUUGUCCCAAGAAGGCCCUCAACAGACGAUGAAAUGCUUCAACACAACUAG